AAGUGAGGGUAGGAGUUUCCCCCGCCACUAUUAAAAUCAGCAAUGGGGUGGGUAAACAAAUCAAUAAAUAAUUUUUAAAAUUCCACAAUAGAGCGAAUCCGCGGAAAGCGAACUGCAAGAUUGCGAGGGAACACUGUAACUGCAUUCAGAGAUGGUGAUUGUGCAUUCAGACAAUAUGGGCAGUCCAGCAAAGUUCAUGGUAAAGGAUUAUCCCUUCAGUGUUGUUGUUCUUUUCUUCUUCCAGCAUGCUGACAUUUGUCUGCCUGUCUUCCCAAGAGAUUUGCAGGAUUUUUCAGAGGCAACACUGAUGGAAUCGUUCCAGAAGUUGAGAGUGAUGUUUGUAUAUGGGCCACGUUUCGCAGGCAUAUAACAGGGUCGGGAGGACAAUAGCUUUAUAAAGAAGCAUCUUCGUUUCCCUACAAAUCUCCUGAUACCCAAACACACUCUGUUUUAUUAGAAAAAAUGCUGCACUUGUAGAGCUCAGAUGGUAUUGUAUUGCAGUGUUGAUGUUCACUUUUGUGGAGAGGUGGCUGCCAAGGUAGCAGAAAUGGUCAGCAUUUUCUAACAUUAUACCAUUAAACUGGAUUUGUGGCAUUGCAGAGGGAUUGGUUGGUGCCUGCUGAAUAGCAUUUUGGUUUUCUCUAUGUUCAGUGAGAGGCCAAGCUUUCCAUAUGCUUCAGAGAAGGUGUUAAGAGUGGCUUGUCUUCAGAAUGAGCACAGACUACAUUAUCAUCAGCAUAUUGGAGUUAUAUAACAGAUGCUGUUGUCAUCAUGGUUUUGGCUUUCAUCUGCUGAGGUUACAUAUUUAGAAGUUGUCCUUUUCUUAUCGAUUGUUUGUUGGAUUUCAUUAUCAUUUUCAUCAAACCAAUCUUGAUGUUUCUUGGUAUGGUAUCCAAUGGUUUCUUUACAGGCUGCAAUGAUAGAAGCCUUUAGUUUGUUUCGGUCUUCCUCAACAUUUCCAGAGUGUUCUAUGGGUAAAUGAUUCUUGGGUAUUUUUUUGUUUUUGUUUUUUUGAGAAGGGUUUAUUUGGAGGGCUCUUGAAGGGCUUGGGUGUUCAUUUUAUGUCUUAUCUUUCUUCCAUGGAGUCUGCAUUUGGGAAUGAUCAUGAUGGCCAUUGUGGAUCAAAUUAACCUGUGGUCUGUAUAGCAAUCAUCAGUACCUGUCAUUGCUCUUGUGACAAGCACAUUGUGGUGGUCUCUGGCACAUAUAAUUACAUAGAUUCAUAGACUCAUAGAAUAAUAGAGUUGGACGAGACCACAUGAACUAUGUAGUCCAGCCCCCUGCCAUGCAGGAAAAGCACAAUCAAAUUUUAAGCAGUGCCAGUGCUUUGACCGUGCGCGCAUUCUUGAUGUCUUGGGCUUGUUUUUCUGGUGGAAGAGCAUGUUGGUGAUGACAAGGUUGUGUUUCACACAUUUGGUGAGAAGCAGGAUGCGUAUUUACAUUGCUGUUUCCAACCCUAUCUUUUCCUAUGGUCCCUGAACACAGGUCGAAGUCUCAUCCAACUCUUGCAUUAAAAUUCCCUAGGUGGGUGAUUUUGACCUUCUUAGGACAGAUGCUUCAACAGGUUGUUUCCGAUAGUAAAGUCGACUCCAUGUAUUAUUCGUUCUUGUUCAGGCAGUCCUUUCCAGAAGAAGGUGUAGCCUACUUUUUCUUCCUUCAGCUCUCUCUCUCCUGCUCUCCAGGUUUCUUGAAGUGCUGCUAUAUCGGUUAGUUAAAGUGCAUCAGCUCCCUUGCAAUAAUAGCAGUCCUGUAUUUAAGGCAUUCAUCCUCUUUGUUGUCCAACAGUGUCCUUACGUGCCACAUUCCAAAGUUCAUUUUUCUAUUUUGGCUGCAAGAUGGUGACCCCUCUGGACAUGGCAGUCCAGUCAGGGAUAAGAGAGGCAAACUAUGUCUAGGACACCUUUUCUAGCACUCUCCCCAUAUGGAGUGAGCCGAGUUGUGGAGAAGUCAUAGUUAUUGUGUUUAAUUUUUGUCUGUUGGAGUGUGUAUUUGUGUUUUAGUUAACAGUAGCCAUUUUGGAACAUGAGUAAAGCAGCGGACAUUUUGUUUCAUUUCACAGUGGUUGGGUUGCCAUGGAGAUGAAGCUGGUUAGCUCAUGAGAGAGAAGUGGGCGGAGCCAAGGAAAGGAGAGCGGUUUUUAAAAAAAGAAGAGAAGCCAGUUCAGUUGGGAGUUGAGAGUUGGGAGUUGAGAGAGAAGAGUGUGUGGGAGAGAAGGAGAGGGUGUGUGUGUGCAUGGCUGUAGGCUUGUUCAGUCAGAAAGUACUGAAAAGAUAGGCCUGGCACAGAAACCUUUAGUCAGGACAGACUAAAGGGAAUCUAGUAAGAUCUCUAGUGGGGAAAAAUCUAGGGAUCUGAGAUUUGAUCGGUAUUGGAUCAAAUUAUUAGUCUUAUUGUAGUGGGGACAUUGUCCACGAAGGAACUCGACUGUGGUUAGGGUUCGCUACAAUUUGGUAACAUCAGUAAGAAAGUGGAAGAAGAUUUACACCAAAGUCUACGGUUAUAGAGUUAUUAAGCCACUUGUCUAUUUAGAGUUAUAUAAGUUAAUCAACCAAACCCGCAACUAAGCUUUGUACAAAUAAAUUUGUUGUUAUUUGUUAACAUCUGUCUCAUCUCAUUCCAUUUGCGUCUGUGGAGCCAAGUUUCAUCAGUAUUAAUUCAAAAAACCUCACAUUGGUGGCAGUUAAUUGAAUAAAUCACACACACAGUAUAUAAUUGGUGGCAGCGUAUAGAGAUUUAGUGUAACACUUAAGUUUAGUUUACAUCAUUUCAAAUUGGUGAUAGGGGUGGGAUCUGUAAGGAUUCCCCUCUGUCUGACACCUCUUUUUUUCACAUUGGUGGCAGCGGCGGAAUUCGUGUAACAUCCCUGAUUUAGUGCCUUAAGAUCGCUUAUAGAAGAAAACCGUGAGGUAAAAUCUGACAAAAAUGGCCACUAGACGACAGAAAAAGGUUGCUGAAGAAGAAGGUGCAUUUCAGGAAGAGAGUUCAGAUUCUGAACAAACACCAGUGUCAGAAAUGACUCUUAAAUAUAGACUGGAGAUGAGAAAGUUACAAAUGGAGGAAAGAGAAAAAGAAAAAGAAAGAGAAUUGAGGAGAGAGUUGGAAUUAAGAAGAUUGGAGAUUGAAUUGGAAAAACAGAGGUUAACACUAUCUCAACCACAUAUCAAUACCCAGGAAGGGAAUUCUAGAGCUGAGGCAUCAGACAUGAUUCUGAAGAGAUUCCCUAGGUAUAAUAAAGACGAUGAUGUGGAAAAGUUUUUAAUUUCAUUUGAAAGGUGCUGUAAGGAUUUUGAAGUUAGUGAGGAGAAGUGGAUGAUUUAUUUGAGACCUCAGAUUAGCGGGAAACUUUUAGAGAUCUAUGGGGACAUGUCUGAGGAGACCUAUAGGGAUUAUAAAUUAUUCAAGCAACAGGUGCAGCAAAAACUCCAACUAACACCUGAGUUUUAUAGAUUAAAAUUCAGAACACUGAAGAGAGAAAGAAAUCAAAGUUUCGCUCAGGUGGCAUCCAAGCAAGCACAAUAUUUUGACAGUUGGGUGCGAACAUCUGAGGUAGAUAAUUAUCAACAAUUGAGGGAGUUAAUGAAAUUAGAACAAUUAUUUCAGCUGGUGCCCUCAGAAUAUCGUUGGCUAGUGCAGGAUCGAAGACCAGCGACAGCAGGGGAAGCGGCUGUCAUGGUAGAUCAAUUGAUCACACUGAAGGAAGGAUUUAGGAAAGAUGAGGGACCAAGUGAUAAAAAGCAGUUUAAGCUGCCAUAUUAUCAUUCCCAAGUACGAACGCAGCAGGGGAGAGGGCCUGCAGGAGAAAACACCACCUGGAGGAGGCAGGAGGUAACAGGUCAAGUCAAACCUGAAGAGAAAAUGAAGUGUUUUCAGUGUGGAAAGCUGGGACACUUAAGAUAUCAGUGUAACCUUUUUAAAAAGGACAAGACUUCUUUCUUUGUAAAUAAAGUAGCAGUGGAAACCAAGGCAGAAUUAGAUACUAAGUCUAAAAGCAGCCCUGAAGUAGUGCCCAAAGAGAAACAAUGUUUGUUUAUUUUAUCAAAUAGACCAUCCGAAGACUAUUUAGAGUAUAUUUCUGUUGACAGUAAGAAUAUCCAGGGAUGGAGGGAUACUGGGUCGGAUGUUUGCAUCAUACGUCCAGAAGCAGUACCUCAGAAAUAUCAACAUCCUACCUCAGUAAUUAAUUUAAAAGGCUUAGGUCCUGUAAUACCAACCCAGGUAGUUUCAUUACCAAUUGAAUACAAUGGUUGGAAAGGAAUUUGGGACUUUGCCAUCAGUUCAGAUAUACCUUAUAAAUGUUUAAUCGGUAACGACCUGGCUAAGGAAGUUAAGAACUGGCAGAAGUUAUGUGAGGAAGAUGAAGAUAACUUCGAAGGCCCUACUCAGGAAGCAAUAUGCUUGCCAAUUCAUCAGGAUGUAGGAGAGGAUCCAGAAUCCAGUUCUAUAAUUACUGAGAUUGUUAACAAGACAGAGGGAGUUAGAGAAAUUCUGCAAGAACAAAAGGCAGAUGAAACCUUAAAACCCUUGUUUAAACAAGCUGAGAAUACACUAGAGUCAGCAGAAGAACAACCCUCUAGAUUCAUUACUAAAGAUGGCGUGCUAUAUAGAGAGAGUAAAAGUCUAAAGACAGCAGGAGAGUCAGAGGUGCAUACCCAAAUUGUAGUGCCAGAGAAAUUCAGAGAACAACUCAUGAGGGUGGCACAUGAUAGCCCUCAGGGAGGCCAUUUGGGUAUCAGAAAAACAACUAAAAGAAUUACAAAGAACUUUUAUUGGCCUGGCAUGUUCCAGAAAAUAAAAGAAUUUUGCCGGUCAUGUGACACCUGCCAAAGACUGAGUACCGGGAGGGAUAAGAUCAAAGCUCCUCUAAUCCCUAUGCCUGUAAUUGGAGAGCCAUUUUACAGAGUGGGAAUCGACAUAGUUGGUCCUCUUUGUAAACCAAGCAAAAGGGGUUAUAAGUACAUACUAACUAUGAUCGACUAUGCUACAAGAUACCCGGAAGCAGUAGCUCUCACCAACAUCGAGACCUCAACCAUAGCUAAUGCUUUGUUAUCCAUUUGGGGAAGAACUGGAUAUCCCAAAGAAUUAAUAUCUGACUUAGGGACCCAGUUUACAUCGAAACUUAUGAAGAGACUACUUGAGUUAUGCGGCAUCAGGCAUCUUACAUCGACGGCCUACCACCCACAAACAAAUGGGUUGGUCGAAAAUCUAAAUAAGACUCUAAUUAAAAUGAUAAAGUCUUAUAGCCAACAGAGACCGCAUGAUUGGGACAUUAAGCUUCAACAACUAUUAUUUGCAUACAGAUCAGUCCCCCAGGAUAGUACAGGCUACAGCCCUUUCGAACUGUUGUAUGGAAGAAAGGCUCGAGGACCGUUAGAUUUGGUUAAGGAGUACUGGGAGGCGAGCCCAGCAGCAGAGCCGGUUCCAGUGGCUGAUUAUCUACGAGAUCUACAGUCAACAAUGCAGUUAGCCAAGGACAUCACACAUGAGCAUCUGACCGCAGCACAACAACGGCAGAAAGACUAUUACGACGCAACAUCUAAGGCGAGAAACUUCAACAUUGGACAUGAGGUCCUGUUUUUGUCACCUAACAGAACCAACAAACUUCAAAUGGAUUGGUCAGGACCCUGGAGAGUCACCAAGAAGCACAACCAAGUGAACUAUGACAUCUAUAAUGAACAAUUAAAUGUCGAAAGGAGAGUCCAUGUAAAUAUGUUGAAACCUUAUGUUUGGAGAUCGGCUAAUGUGUAUAUAGUAGUGUCAGAAGAUGAGUCCGGUCCCUUUACUUUUUGGGAAGGUGAUCGAGAGCUAUAUAAAAAUUUGGAUCAAGUAGAUAUAAGUAAAGAGUUAACCCAAUCUCAACGGGAGGAGAUUGUGGGAGUUUUAAAUAAAUAUAGUAAAAUGUUUUCUGAUUUACCAGGAAGGGUCCAAGGGGUACAGCAUCAAAUUAAUACCAAUGAUGCAGCUCCUAUAGCUUCCCCUCCGUACCGAGUGACUGGGAAUAUCAAUGAGUGUAUCGAGAGGGAGGUGAAAGAGAUGUUGGACCUGGGCAUUAUUGUGUCAUCGAAUAGUCCCUGGGCUUCACCUAUUGUGCUGGUUCAGAAGCCAGAUAAAACUAUUAGGUUUUGUAUAGAUUAUCGACUUCUGAACAAGGUGACCCAAACUGAUACAUAUCCAAUGCCACGAUUGGAUGACCUAUUGGAAAGGAUCGGGAGAGCUCAGUUUAUCAGCAGUAUAGACCUUACUAAGGGAUUCUGGCAAGUGCCCAUGGCACCACAAGACCAGCCUAAGACAGCAUUUCGUACGCAAGGUGGGCUUUACGAAUUCUCAGUGUUACCUUUUGGACUAAAAAACAGCCCCGCAACAUUUCAAAGAUUGGUUGACAAGGUCCUUAGUGGCCUAGGAAACUUUUGUGUGGCCUACAUGGAUGAUAUAGGAAUUUUUAGCAAUUCGUGGGAGGAUCACCUAAAGCAUUUGGAUAUAGUAUUGGGCAGAUUAAAGGAAGCUGGCUUAACCAUCAAAGCUUCCAAAUGUAAAUUGGGAAAAAACACCACAAAAUAUUUAGGGCAUUUAGUAGGAGGAGGUUGUAUUCGACCAGACCCUACUAAAGUGAAAGCUAUUCACCAGUGGCCAGUGCCCAAAACGAAAAAACAGGUUAGAUCAUUCCUCGGAUUGGCUGGAUAUUAUCGAAAAUUUAUUCCCUCCUUUAGUAAUCUGGCAGCCCCUUUAUCGGACCUGACCAAAAAGAAGAACCCUAAUAAAAUAAUCUGGACUCCAAAUUGUCAAACAUCCAUGGAUCGGUUGAAACAGGCCAUUACAUCAGAUUCUGUCUUGAAAGCCCCAGAUUUCGAUGAACCCUUCAUUUUGACUUGCGACGCGUCUGACAUUGGGUUAGGAGCUGUCCUAAGUCAAAUUGAUAAGGAAGGUGAGGACAGACCUAUUUUAUUUUUAAGUAAGAAGUGGCAUUCCCACGAAUGCAGUAUGUCCACCAUUGAAAAGGAGUGCUACUCCAUAAUUUGGUCAAUAAGGAAACUCAAACCUUAUUUAUGGGGAAGGAAAUUCACCCUACAAACCGACCAUGCACCAUUGAAAUGGUUGGAUAAUGUAAAAGGAACAAAUAAUAAACUGUUACGGUGGAGUUUGUCAUUACAAGAUUUCACAUACGAAAUCAAACAUGUCACAGGUAAAAGAAAUGUUGUUGCUGAUGCACUGUCUAGAGUGUCUUGAAAAGUUAAAGGUUUUAUUUAUGGUUUAUUCAAUGUAUUUAAUCAUAAUAAGUUUGUGUUACAGUAAUGUGUUUAUAUAUAUAUAUAUAUUGUUAUGCAAUUUUUAAAUUAUUUUUGCCCAUUCUGGGAUUCUAAAUGGCCAAAAAUAAUCUUCUUUGGGUGGAAGGUGUGGAGAAGUCAUAGUUAUUGUGUUUAAUUUUUGUCUGUUGGAGUGUGUAUUUGUGUUUUAGUUAACAGUAGCCAUUUUGGAACAUGAGUAAAGCAGCGGACAUUUUGUUUCAUUUCACAGUGGUUGGGUUGCCAUGGAGAUGAAGCUGGUUAGCUCAUGAGAGAGAAGUGGGCGGAGCCAAGGAAAGGAGAGCGGUUUUUAAAAAAAGAAGAGAAGCCAGUUCAGUUGGGAGUUGAGAGUUGGGAGUUGAGAGAGAAGAGUGUGUGGGAGAGAAGGAGAGGGUGUGUGUGUGCAUGGCUGUAGGCUUGUUCAGUCAGAAAGUACUGAAAAGAUAGGCCUGGCACAGAAACCUUUAGUCAGGACAGACUAAAGGGAAUCUAGUAAGAUCUCUAGUGGGGAAAAAUCUAGGGAUCUGAGAUUUGAUCGGUAUUGGAUCAAAUUAUUAGUCUUAUUGUAGUGGGGACAUUGUCCACGAAGGAACUCGACUGUGGUUAGGGUUCGCUACAAUUUGGUAACAUCAGUAAGAAAGUGGAAGAAGAUUUACACCAAAGUCUACGGUUAUAGAGUUAUUAAGCCACUUGUCUAUUUAGAGUUAUAUAAGUUAAUCAACCAAACCCGCAACUAAGCUUUGUACAAAUAAAUUUGUUGUUAUUUGUUUUUUUUUUAUGCUUUUAUUUAUAGUUAUAGUGAUACAAUAAAAGAGGAGAGUCGCAUGUCAUUACAAAGUAGAAUAAUACAAAGGGGACAAAGUAAAAUAAUAACGAACAAACAAUAAAUGGGAGAGAAAAGAAAAGAAAAAAAAAGGAAAAAAGAAAAAAAGAGAAUAUAUAUAUACAUAUAUAUAUGUGUAUAUAUAUAUAUAUGUAUAUAUAUAAUUGUAAAACCCUGGUUUCCCUCGACCCUCCCUCCUCUCUCUGGAUUCCCUUCCAGAUCCCCUGCUCAACAUUUAUAUUCUUAUUUUUCCAAAUUCUUUCCCGAUCCUUUUUCUAAGAACCUCAGAGUGUCAUAACAGUUUCUACUUCCAUGUUUCCAGUUUUCUUUUCUUUUUCCUUAAGAUAUUUACUUAAUUUGUCCCAGUCUGUUUUUGUGUCUGUUUUUACUGAAAUUAUCUGUGUUAGUGUGUCCAUAUUUUUUAUAUCCAUCAGUUUCAAAAGCCAUUGUUCUAAUGACGGCGUUUCUGCUGUUUUCCAGAGUUUCGCAAUCGUGAUUCUUGCUGCACUUGUCAUAUAUAUAAACAAUUUUUCAUUGUUUAUAUCCGUGAAAAAGUCCGUUAGUCCUAG